AUGGACGCGGACUCGGCAUUUGUCCGACUGAACAACCGUUUGGUGCGAUCCCUGCCAAUAAACGCUGUUCAAGACCCGGACACGAUUUCGCACACGCCUGUGUUCCAUGAUACUUGGAGCAGACAAGAGCUGAAUUUGACCAUGAUCCAAUGCCGCGGCUCGACCAAGUUCGGCGAGGACAUCCUGCAAAUCGAGCAAUUCAAUGUCGUUCCAGUUCGGUGGACCUCCGAAAAUCUCACCUUAUUCUUGGUGCUAACCAGCAGCUCUUUGAUUGUUUACGCCGAGCAAUCCCGAAAUUUUAAGGAUGCUUACAUUUCCAUUGCUGAAAUCAACGGAGAUUUUGAUGUUCGAGCCGCAGUUCCCGAUAAUGCGCUCAUCACGUUUGCUGCUAAAGUGAAUGAUCAAAGUACCGAAAUUUCCUUUUACAAUCAAGAUGUGUUCGCACUAGAUGAGCGCUUUGCAACCAGCCCAGUUUUACAAGCUUUUGAUGUUUUCCCGUCUGCAUUUGGCACAAAAUUAGUGUCGGUCGAGCGGAACUACCAACCAAAUAUCCGAAUUCCACUCGUGCAGGUGGUGCAUGUGAUGAGAGAUACUGAAGGGUACCGGAAAGCAGCAGAAAUCCAGAUCUAUUUACGGGAAUUGCCCGAUACCCACAACCUCAGACAUCUGGUGGAUGCUAAAGGAUUCAGCAUUACAAAUGAUGUUACUUACUUGGUGAUUGCUGUCGAUGGAACGAGCAUAUCGAUCCAUCAAUUGCUUGGAUCCUCUGGAGCUGAAGAGUUGCUCAACGUGCACGCAAAAGACAUUGUGAAAUUACUACCGGUACUCAAAAUUGGCUCAACUGUGUAUUUGGGAGCAUCAACAUCGAAAAACGAUAUCUUGGUUUUCUCGUCGAGGAACUUGGGCAAAUCCCGACCAGAUGAUAGCCAAGUUUGCCAAGUGGGUUAUGCUAGUGGUGAAUCGCUGCUGCAAUCCUUCAAUUCGGAGGCUUCUUCGGGAACAGUCAUUGCCCAGAGGGAAGCCAUCAGUUCUGCCCAGACACCUCUGGAAAAGUUUGCUGAGUUGGCUAAAUUGGGAGUGGCCCUUUGGCUCGAGAAGUCAGCGGAUCCGGGGGUUUUCAACAAGGUGCUCGACUUGUGCGAGAAAAAUGCGCCGGACAUCCCUGUGCGAGUUGUAACGGAAAUGAGCGCCCUGGCACCAGAGAAAUUGCAGAGAAUGCGGGACGUGGUGUCGCAUCUGCGCCAACUGUCGUCAUCUGGAUACAAGAUCACGGUAGUUCGCCCAUCCUUGCCUCGUCCGGAACACGUUGGCGACAGUGGCGAAAAGUGGAAGCUUGCUGAGGCACUUCUGCCUCAAGGCAUUGGUGCCGGACAAAUCCACUUCUUUAUCAGCAUACGGCAACUUGGAGCACCACGUCACAGAUUCACAGUGUAUUGGUGAACGAUGCUGUAGGUUUAUACGAACAUGCAUUCCGGCAAAUUUACGAUAGCACGGUUUUCCCCCCUUUAGAAUUGUAUAACUUGUUUUGUUUUUUUGUCAAAAUAUGGCCCUGUGAAUCUUUUUUUUAUCUAUUUCUGGGCUCAUCUGAGGAGGAAAUUGAAGCAUGUGCGAUGUUACUUCAUGUUACAUUCUUUACAGAUGACUGGAUCGGGAAAGUUUGCAUAACAUUUUAGAGUAAUUUCAGCUGAAAAGUGCUGCGCUGGUCAUGUUGAAUUGAAUUUUGUCUCGUUGCUUUGAAUUUUGUCAUGUGGAGUUCAUUCAAUUUUGUUAGCUUUGCCUUCGGUCAAAGUCAAAAUGGUCGAGUCACCUGAGUGGACUCAGGGUAAUAUAUUGUUUUGAUUCCUUUUGAAGUUGGUCCAAGACUCAAGAACACUUCAAGUACGUUGGAAGGAUCAAUUUAAUCUUACAGCCUGAAGAAUUGAUAAAUCUUUCUAUUUAGAGGAUUAACGCCUUGGGUAUUUAUCGUUAAUUGCAUGCAAUUCAGCUAGUUUUUGUUUGUUUCUUUUGGACCCAGAUCAAGAAAUUUUACCUAAUUCAAUUCGAGAAAUUGCAUUGUUUCAUGUUGGUGUUGGUUGCUUCUUUCCUUCUGAUUUUUUUUUUUUUUUUUUACAUUAGUUCGGUUGAAUACUCCGUUUAAUGUUAAGGAAUCACGCGCAGCCAUGCUGUGAUUGCUCAAAAUUGUAUACUGCAUAUGCUCUGAUGAAAACGUUACCUGUUCCUCUCAAGUUUGGGUUUGAUUCAAAUUGUUGAAAUAUCUCAUGAUUCUAUGACGCCUU